UCGAACUCAGUCCAAUUUCAAUCGAAUGCGAACAUCCCGCGAGGCGCCACCGACGGGGGCCGAAGCGUCCACCAACCCCUUGUCAUCGUCGUCCCUGUCCAUUGCCGACCUCGAGACGCACUUCCGCGAGCACACGGGCGUGCAGGAGGCGCUUGGGCACGUCACCGAGACCCGCCGCUUGAAUGCCGCUCCGCCGACCCCGCUCCAGCGGCUGCGCGGCGCCACGUUCAUGCUGAUGCUCAUCCUGUCGAUGGCAUACUGCUACAUUUACGUGAUGCUCUUCUUCCCGCUGCUCUACAUCUCCCCGCGCUGGUACCACCGCUGCGUCAGUCUCCUCCAGAAGGUCUGGUUCCAAAUGCCGAUCCUGCUGUUCGAGUACGUGUUUGGCAUCAAGUACUCGAUCUACGGCGACCAGAUUCGAGACCACGAAAAGAUGAUCAUGACGCCAAACCACCGCACCCGCCUGGAUUGGAUGUUCUUGUGGCCGGUGCUGCUGCGCCAAGGAUCGCUCGAAAACGAACGCAUCCUGCUCAAGGCACCCUUGAAGCACAUCCCGCUCGCUGGGCCCGCCAUGCAAAUGUUCAACUUUGUCUUCUUGGACCGGCGAUGGGACAAGGACGAGGCGUACCUCACAGACAUGCUGCGCCACUUUUUGCGCCAGCAGCUCAAGUACCAAAUUCUGAUCUUCCCAGAGGGCACCGACCUCGAGCGCUCCACGGCGCUGCGCAGCCAUCACUUUGCUCAAAAGCAGAGCCUCCCGCAUUACCACUGCGUCAUGCACCCGCGCGUCAAGGGCUUUACGCACAUGGUGCGCACGCUGGGGAGCGACCUGGAGGCCAUCUACGACAUGACGAUCGCGUACGACCCGAUUGUGCCGCGCUCCGAGUUUGCCGUGCUCCACGGCACCAUGCCAUCGCAGACUCACGUGCACAUCAAGCGUUACCCGAUGAGCGAGCUGCCCCCGACGGACGAUGAAGGCCGUGUUGGCGAAUGGUGCGCCAAGGUGUGGGCCGAAAAGGAGCAGCGGCUGAAGGAAUUCUACUCGAAACCCGUUGGCGCUCGGAGCUUUGGCACACCCGUGCCCACGGAUGAAGCCCGCGCUCUGCGGUGGCACAUUGGAUCGGCCAUCUUUUUCGCCGUCGAUUUCGCGAUUCACAUGUACAUUUCGUGGCUCUACCCGUGGACUGUGGUCGUCAUGUUCCUGUGCUACGUUCUAGGCAGCGUCCUUGAAGUCAAGACCGGUGGUCUUGAGCGUCUCGAGCUUCGUUUGUAUCCGAUUGAAGCUGACAAAAAGUCAAAGUAGAUGAAAAGGAGUGCCUUGGUUUUUCGAGCAAUUUUGGUUUUUAUGAAUUGCGUUUUUUUUUGGUUGAAUUUGCUUGUUUCUUUUGUUUUGUUGCUGCGUUUAUUACGGUUGUAUCAUUUAGGAUUAUACUUCUUUGCAA